AUGGGAAAACUUAUACGUCUUGAGCUUUUCAACUUCAAGUCAUACAAGGGGCACCAUGUUCUACUGUUUGGGGAUUCAUAUUUCACCUCUAUAAUCGGCCCCAAUGGCUCUGGCAAAUCGAAUUCUAUGGACGCAAUAUCUUUUGUUUUAGGCAUCAAGUCAUCCCAUUUACGAUCUGCGCAUUUACGAGACCUGGUAUACCGUGGAAGAGUACUGAAAACCUCGAAAAUCAACGACGAUGGAUCUGCGGUUGACCCAGCUGCAAAUGGACAUGCGAAUGGGGAUGGAGGGGGUUCGGAUGAAGAAUCACAAUCUCAGAAACCGGCGCGCAACGACCCCAAAAGCGCAUGGGUUAUGGCUGUUUACGAGGAUGAUGCAGGCGAUGAACAAAAAUGGAAGCGUUCAAUCACAAACCAAGGGGCCAGUGAGUAUCGCAUCAACGAUCGCGUCGUCACCGCACAGGCAUACAAUGAUGCCCUCGAAUCUGAAAAUAUCCUCAUUAAAGCUCGAAACUUUUUGGUUUUCCAAGGAGAUGUUGAAGCAAUCGCGUCGCAAUCACCAAAGGACCUGACCCGGCUCAUCGAACAAAUAUCUGGCAGUUUGGAAUACAAGGUAGAGUAUGAAAGGUUGCAGGAUGAGGCGGAGAAAGCAGCGGACGAGCAAAAUUAUAGUCUACACCGCAGACGUGGCAUUAAUUCAGAAAUCAAGCAGUAUCAAGAACAAAAGAGAGAAGCAGAGGCUUUCCAAAGCAAGGCAGUGGAAAAAGAUGACGCCAUUGUCACUCAUAUCCUAUGGAAAUUAUAUCACUUCCAACGAGUUAUGGACGAGUCAAGUGCUAGCAUUCAGGAACACCAGGAAAAUUUGAAGGAGUACCGCCGUGGCGUAGAAAAGUAUCAGAGUAACCUGGAUGCGGCGAGAGCAGAGCAGGCUAAAAUUAAUAAAGAUGCCAGCCGGACUGAGCGAAAUAUCAAGCGUAAGGAAAAGGAGAUUGAGGAAAAGGAAGUCCAAUUGUUACCAUUUGAUCAGAAAAUCGAGACCGUCACGUCUGAGAUCGAAAAGCUGAGAAGGAAGGCUGUCGGCAUCACAAACGAACGAGACGAUAAGUCCAAGGUUAUUGCGAAGCUCAAAAAGGAUCUCGCGUUAGUUGAGAAGGCACAAAAACAAUUCGAGGUUCAAUGGCAGGAAACUCUAAAAAAUCAGGGCAAGCAGUUGAGUGAGGACGAUUUCAAGGAGUACCAGAAGCUCAGGUCCGAAGUGGUCAAAAAGACAUCUGAGGAUCAGGCCAAGCUAGACAAUCUAGUGCGUCAAUUGAAAACCGACGAAGUCACGGCGAAUAGCUUGAAAGGCAAGAUGGAGGCGGCGCAGGCUUCGGUGGAAAAACUUCAGAGUGAGCUGGACACCAGCGUGAGACGAAGAGACAACCUCAAGGAGUCAAUUGCCGAAACAACCAAGGAUAAAAACGCGAAGAAAAAGGAACAUAACUCCCUGCAGUCGGAACGCGUUCGCUACAACCAAUUGAAGACCGACCUCGAGGAGAAACUCCAAGAAAUUUACAAACAGAUUAGAGAAGGUGAAUAUGGCCGACGAGAGAGCGAAAAGGAAAGGAGGGUCAAAGAAACCAUAACCGAAAUCAAAAGAAUAUUUCCAGGCGUGAAAGGGCGCAUUGGCGACCUUUGCAAGCCGAAGCAAAAGAAGUUUGAAGAGGCUGUAAGCACAGCUCUCGGCCGAGACUUUGACUCAAUUGUUGUUGAUACGGAGAAGACUGGCACUGAGUGUGUGCAAUACCUGAAAGAUGGCAAAAAGCCCCCGAUGACUUUCAUCCCUUUGGAUAACAUCAAAGUCAAUGCGACAAACUCUUCAUUGAAAGGACUACCGAAGGCCCGUCUGACUAUCGAUACGAUUGAUUUUGAUUCAUCUGUCGAAAGAGCUAUGUCUUACGCAUGCGGAAGCUCAAUUGUCUGUGAUGAUAUCGCAACAGCCAAAGACAUUUGUUAUCGAAAGAAGCUCCAAGUCAAAGCUGUAACUCUGGAUGGUGUCAUGAUCGCCAAAGCUGGUAAUAUCACAGGUGGUCGUGUUCCAGAUGGUCGUGGUAACAAGCGCGCAUUCGGUGAUGCGGAGAUGGAUAAGCUUAAAGCUAUGGCCGAGAAAUACGAUCGCGAGAUCAGAGCUCUAGAUGCCAGCAAGAAAAGAACGGGCGAGGAGGAACAGUUAUCGAACGCAAUUAAUAACUUAAACCAGAAGGCUACCUACGAGCAGAAUGAGCUGGCCGCAUUUGAGAAAAACAUUGUCAGUGAGCAAGGGAAGCUAAAGCAAGAACAACGCCAGUUAGAAGAUGUGGAGCCUAAGUUCGAUGAAAAAAGUGCAGAAGUUGAGAAGCUUCGGCUGAAGGUGGAGGAGUUUCAACGGGCUAUCGCAAAGGUCGCGGAUAAGAUCUUCUCUAAUUUCUGCAAGAGAACAGAAUACUCGAAUAUCAGAGACUAUGAAGCACAACAAGGCAGCCUCGAGCAAGAGGCUUCGGAGAAAAAAAACGAGUUUGAGAAACAAAAACAAAUCUUGAAGAGCCAAUUGGCCUGGGAAAACAAUUGGAAGGCCGAUGUUGUAGACCGUUUGGACAAACUCGAGAAGAACAUUGAAAAGUUUGAAUCGGACAUCGAGGAAUACGAGGCAGAAAAAGAAACACUUGCACAGGCAAUGGAUGAAGACCGAGCAGCUGUGACGGAACUAGAGGAUGCGCUUCAGAAACAGAAAGAAAAGCUCGCGGCGAAAACAGAUAAAGUUAACGUCACAAGGCACGACCUACAGAAGGCGAGCAAGGGCAUUGAUGAGCGUACAAAAUCCAUCACCACUCUAGAGACGGUAGCUCAACGUACUAGCGCAAAUCGAUAUGCUCUUUUACGACGGUGCAAGAUGGAGCAGAUAGCCAUACCAUUGACAGCAGGAUCAAAAUCCUUAGAUAAUCUCCCUGCAAAUGAAAACUUGCAACAAGAGGAUCCCGAUGCCAUGGAUGUUGAUGAAGGCGAUCAAGCUCCUGAGGAAAUCAUUAAAGAUUACGGCAUAGACGUGGAUUUCAAUAGGCUUGAUGAUGACUUCAAAAACGCCGAUGAAGAAGAUGUUGAGGAGCAACUCCAAGAAAAGAUAUCUACCCUCAACUCGGAACUUGAGAAACUUAAUCCUAACAUGCGCGCUAUCGAGCGACUGGAUGUUGUCGAGACACGCCUUAGAGAUACUGACAAGGACUUCACCGCCGCUCGCGACGCUGCAAAAGCUACUCGUGAUGCUUUCAACGAAAUCAAGGAGAAACGUUACGACCUCUUUAACAAAGCUUUUGCACAUAUAUCCGAACAAAUAUCUCAUGUUUAUAAGGAUCUUACACGCUCAGCCACCUUCCCUCUCGGUGGUCAGGCCUAUCUUGAUAUUGAAGAUAGCGAUGCACCGUAUCUCUCUGGAAUCAAAUACCACGCCAUGCCGCCACUCAAACGUUUCCGUGACAUGGAACAUCUAUCUGGUGGUGAGAAGACUAUGGCUGCCUUGGCUUUAUUAUUCGCAGUCCACAGUUAUCAACCUUCUCCAUUCUUCGUAUUGGACGAAGUUGAUGCUGCUCUUGACAAUGCAAACGUGGAGAAGAUUAGGAAUUAUAUCAAGGAGCACGCGGGACCUGGAAUGCAAUUCAUUGUCAUUAGUUUGAAAACGGGAUUGUUCCAAGGAAGUGAGAGUUUGGUUGGUGUUUUCAGAGAUCAGGAGGUCAACAGUUCAAAGACUUUGACGCUUGACUUACGCAAAUAUGCAUGA